UGCUGGAUUUUGAUCCCAAUCACAACAUCUUUUCAUACUUGGUUUUGAGAACAGGCCCUUCUCCUAUUUUUGAAAGUAGGAAAUUCAUCAAUCAUCGCAUCAUCCUAUUUCCGUGUUUAUGCAAUAGUAGCAUAUUUUCAGGUAAAUAAGAACAACAAAUCGGUAGCUAUAAUGGCUCUCAACGUAAAUCGGAACGUAGCGGAUGCAUUUUAUCGUUACAAAAUGCCUCGCUUGUUGGCUAAGGUUGAAGGUAAAGGAAAUGGCAUAAAGACCGUCAUCGUUAACAUGACCGAAGUCGCUAAAGCGCUAGGACGACCACCUACAUAUCCAACCAAGUUUUUUGGAUGUGAGUUAGGAGCGCAAACUCAAUUUGAUAUCAAGAAUGAUCGCUUUAUCGUCAACGGAGCACACGAAGCAGGGAAACUGCAGCAAAUGCUUGACAUUUUCAUAAAGAAAUUUGUUCUGUGUCCCGGAUGUGACAAUCCUGAAACUGUCCUCACGGUCCAUGCAAAGAAACAAACCAUUUCACAAUCUUGUAAAGCUUGUGGCUAUAAUGGCCAACUGGAUAUGCGCCACAAACUGACCACAUUCAUCCUGAAAAAUCCCCCUGAGUUAAGCCCUGCUGCCCAAGGAGCGUCUCUUACUGAAGGCAAGAAAGCCAAGCGAGGAAAGAAAUCAGAUGGCCAAAGCGGAGAGAAGGGCUCAGAUGGAUCCGAAAAUGAAUUGGACGCUACGAAUGAGGUGGAUGAGGAUGAUUGGGCUGUUGAUGUUAGUGCGGCUGCUGUGAAAGCUCGAAUGGAAGAUCUUACCAAUGGCGCCAAAGGGCUUACUAUUUCUGACGAUAUGGAGAAAACACCGAAAGAGCGCAUCGAUUUGUUCUAUUCUUUCGUCAAACAACGUCGCGAUCAAGGAAUGCUCUCAAAACCAGGAGCCGACAAGGACGUAGUUUCGGAAGCCGAACGCCUGGAUGUUAAGGAUAAGGCACCACUAAUUUUGUGUGAAUUGAUAUUUGAUAGCAAUAUUCUUUCCCAGAUGAAGACAUACCGUUCCUUGCUCUCCCGUUCCACGCAGGGAAACCCAAAAGCUCAGAAAGCAUUGCUCGGUGGUGUUGAAUGCAUUAUACAGCUCAACCAGACAACUUUAUUGCCGAAAGUUCCACAUAUUCUUAAAGGGCUUUACGAUCUGGAUCUGGUUGACGAGGAAGUCAUGAUCGAUUGGGGUUCAAAGCCAAGUCGUAAAUACGUCAGCAAAGAGCUCAAUGCUGAAAUUUUGGCUAAGGCUCAGGCGUUUAUUACAUGGUUGAAAGAGGCAGAAGAAGAAUCGGAGGACGAUUCCGAUGAUUCCGAUGUUGAAAUUGAAUAUGACGAUCGAGCAAGACCUACCACGUUAAUCGAACAGAAGAAUGCAACUCCGCAGUUGGCUAAAACGGCUGUUAAGGAAAACCUGUCGGUGAUGUCAUCGGUGCUGCAAGCACAUCGUUUGCGCAAGUUGGAGAGCAUCAGCAAAGCCACAACCAUGACUCAGGAGGAGAUCGUCAGCAGCACCAAGACGGUGUCACAGGGCUUAGAGGCCCUACGAGCUGAGCACCAGUCUAUCUUGCAAGGGCUAAAUGGAUCUCUCAAAGCUGCCACUCAGGAAAAGCUGGAUGCUAACGUUAUCGAAGAGAAAGCUAAUCUGAUACAAAAAUCACUUGACAUGAUCGAUCUUGGACUUGGAGAGGCACAGGUAAUGGUGGCAUUGGCAACUCACUUGCAAGCUUUGGAAGCAGAAAAGCAAAAGUUACGCGCACAAGUUCGUCGAUUGUGUCAAGAAAAUGCUUGGCUUCGCGACGAGUUGGCUAAUACACAACAGCGCCUUCAGGCUUCAGAGCAAGCAGUUGCCCAAUUAGAGGAGGACAAAAAACAUCUCGAGUUUGUCAAUACAAUCAAGAAAUACGAUGCCGAUCAGGAGGAAUCUACAUCGGACGUGUCACAUAAAGAUAAAAGCGAUGAUCCAACUAUUGAUCUCUUUCCGGACGACGAUGCCGACGAACGUGGCCCAAUGUCGCCUACUCCACCUUCGCAACUAGCACAGCAAGCCAAUGCAGGAUACGAGAUUCCAGCUCGGCUUAGGACGCUGCACAAUUUGGUUAUUCAGUACGCUUCACAAGGACGCUACGAAGUAGCUGUUCCGUUAUGUAAGCAAGCGCUAGAAGAUCUGGAGAAAACGAGUGGACACGAUCAUCCUGACGUUGCUACUAUGCUGAACAUUCUAGCCUUAGUCUACCGAGACCAAAAUAAAUACAAGGAAGCCGCUAAUUUAUUGAACGAUGCUUUGAGCAUUCGGGAGAAGACAUUGGGAGAAAACCACCCUGCCGUUGCAGCAACGUUGAAUAAUCUGGCUGUUUUGUACGGCAAGCGCGGUAAAUACAAGGAUGCCGAGCCUUUGUGCAAACGGGCUCUCGAGAUCCGCGAAAAGGUUCUUGGAAAAGAUCAUCCUGAUGUUGCCAAGCAGCUCAACAACUUGGCCUUACUUUGCCAGAAUCAAGGAAAAUACGAAGAAGUUGAGCGGUAUUAUCAGAGAGCAUUAGAAAUCUAUGAAAGUAAAUUGGGUCCGGAUGACCCAAAUGUAGCAAAGACCAAGAAUAAUUUGGCUUCUGCAUAUUUAAAACAAGGAAAGUACAAAGAAGCCGAAGUUUUGUACAAACAGGUGUUAACAAGGGCUCACGAGCGCGAAUUCGGCGCUAUUGAUGGCGAUAACAAAACCAUCUGGCAAGUGGCCGAAGAACGCGAGGAGAACAAGGGGCAGAAUAAGGGAAACACUCCUUAUGGCGAUUACGGCGGUUGGCACAAAGCAGCCAAAGUGGAUUCCCCCACAGUCACUACUACUCUAAAGAAUCUUGGUGCUCUGUACCGACGCCAAGGCAAGUACGAAGCAGCGGAAACUCUUGAGGACUGCGCUAUGCGCAGCAGUAGCAGCAAACAUCCACUGGAUAUGAACCGGCUGCGGAGCUCAAGACGCUCCAACGAACCCAACGUGGACACAAAGACGCGAAGUGCCAGAGAGAGUGCAGCCCGACGUGGAUCGCACGAGUCCCUGGACUCUGUUCACACGGAGGUGUCCGACGAGUGGGUGGGCCGAACACGUCGCAGCGGUUCCUUCUCUAAGCUGCGUGCCUCCAUCCGGAAGAGCAGUGCGAAACUAAUGCAGAAACUGGUCACAAGAGAUGACCCGACUCCUUCCUUGGCCAUCGACUUCCCUACGGGUUUGGCUUCCAGCAUGAAGCGGUCAAACUCACUGUCCGUCCUUAAUGCCCAGUUUCAGCGUGAACAGGUUGAAAAUAAAUAUCUUUGUCACGUACAGAGCCUUAUUAGCAACUUGAUGGGACUCCGCGGUCGAACAACUAGCACGGAAUUCAUUCGCCCGUCUCUCACUGCAGCCACUGCUAAUGUUACGUAGCAUCGGCGCCUUUUUAUGCGCUGUUCAACGAUAUUUUCGCUCAUUUCGUUUCUUUUUGCACCUCUGUUUAUUAUUUCGUUACGCUGUGAUCGUGCAGUCCUAAAUCAUUUAGUUAUAAAUGACAACCCAACGGGAUUUCACACCGUCUUCUGUAAGGCUUUAGUUGUCUGACAGAAUCGCGUAUUCCUGCUUAACUGAAGUUGCGUAUUCCAUGUUUUAUUUUGUGCAACAGCUGAGGCGAAUCAUUUUGAUUGAUUUCACCUGACUUCCAUGCGUAAUCGCCGUCACAGUGGAAUUUCCGUUGCUCUGCAUCACAUAUGGGAAACUGUAAACCUCCCGUUAUAAAUUAGUGCUGUUUGAUGACUCGCGCGAACCUUGUAUUUGAGAAUAACUUGAAUAAAUCUUACUUGCUUUGA